AUGACAAACGCCACUAGAGGUUUAGAAAGGGAAGUUGCAUCAUUACAAUUAGUUGCUGAGAUUAAGAGAACUGCUAAGACAGGAAAUGAGGCAGCAACUAAAACUCUAGCUCGGCAGUUGAUAAGACUUAGGCAACAGAUCGGUAAUCUUCAGGGUAGUCAAGCUCAAAUGAGAGGCAUAGCAACUCACACGCAGGCAAUGCAUGCCCAUUCUUCUGUUGUGGUUGGCAUUCAAGGUACUACCAAGGCAAUGGCAGCUAUGAAUAAGCGAAUGGAACCAGCAAAAUGCAAAAACAGCAAAAGCAACUUUGUUACCGCAAGGAACAUCUUCAACAGUCCAGCCUGCAUUACCGCCCUCGUUUGCCACAGAUGGAAUUACUUGGCAUGCCAUCCUCGGCUCUGGCUUCGGGUAGAUCAAUCGGUUAAAGACUUAUCUGAACCUGGUGUUUCCCCAAACAUUGAAACUGCGGUUUCUGCUUCAAGGCCGGGUGAUACCAUUUUAAUAGCAGCUGUUGGAACUCAUCGCGUGGCGAACAUUCAAAUAAAUAAACCACUCUGCUUGAUUGGUGCAGUUGAAAUUCCAGAUGACACGAUGCUCACUUGUUCGCGAGGCUCAGACAGUGCACUCGAGUUCCUUUCCACCUGCAAAUUAUCAAACUUAACCGUGAAGGCCGAGCUCGGUUGCUGCUUGCUUCAUCGAAGCGGAAGGCUGAUCAUAGACGGAUGCUUACUCCAAUGCGAGUCCAACCCUCUCGAUUUUCUCUCAUGUCCCAUCGUAAGUACCGCCUGUAGCAGCGAGGUGUUUCCGUCACAAACCAAGUGCACCAACGGACUAGCUAAUUGA